UUGUAAUCAUCAAGUGUCAGCUUUUGUUGUCCAUGUCACUCUUAUUCAGGGACACUCACUGGAGACCAGAGUAGUCUCUGCUGCUGCUAGAAGUCAGUGCAACUUUGUGUGUGAACUGUGGUGGGUGUCCCCAAUGAUUAUUACUAUUAUAUUCCUGUUGCUACAACUGCUGGCGAGUCUGUCAAUGGGAUCUUUGAAUUGUCCCACUGACGAAGCGAUUCCACCGCAGUUUCAUUUGGUGCGAGAGUGUCAACGGGCUUCAGCAGAUGAUGCACUAUCUCUAGAAAACACAUCUUCCUUCGAGGACUGCGCCAACUUGGCCCGGGAAUUGCACGGACUGGCCCUAAACUACGCUCCAGGAGGUCCAACACGACACAGGAAUAGGUUUAUUCAGUCGAAUCAUGGCAGUCAUGGCAGAAACUUGCGCAGUCGAUUGACGGUAUUUGAACAGCCCGCAGAGUUCUUCAACUGCCAUGUACUGCAGUGCCCGCAGAAUAGCACCUUUGGGGGUAUGGUUAAUGACAGCCGCUUCGACUACUACAGCUUGCAUGGCAGACCAACAACUCUGCGGAACUAUAGCUGUGUGCCAGAAGUCGGCUUAUUUUUGGUGUACACCAAUCCCAGCAGUUAUCUGAAUGCAUCCUUGGAGUGUAGCAAUUCCAGUGAGUUCUCCGGGAGCCUGGCGCACAUUGCCUCCGAAUCCCGGACGCGGGCCUUGUCACAAUGGCUGAUGGACUUCAACAGGAAGUCGCGCCCAGUCCUGGAAGCAAAGCCUAUGCCAAUGAUUUUUCUGGCCUAUGUGGGACUUGCGUUUAAUCGCACGACCUCCCUCAACGCUCAUGAUUUUCGUAAUGCUCAGCACGAGAGCUUGAUGUGUUUUCUUUACAGGGCAUGGGAUGUUGGUCAGCCAGCUCUUGGGCAACAGAAGGCCAACGAGAGUUGCGUUGCAUUGACGCCGCAGGGCACCUGGCAUGCACUCAGCUGCGAACGCGAGCUACCUUUUAUUUGCGAAAUAUUUACUGCGAGUCCAAGGAGCUGGAAGCAUGAGGCUGAACUGGAUAUCGGCCCGAAUUCUGUGGCAGAGUGUCGUAAUGAUUGAGUCUGUGGUGCA